CUUCCAACAUGGCCUCUCGCUGAGAGCAGCGGGGCUUCCAUUAUCUGAUCGACCGCUGUCAACGGGCGAGAGAGCGUCUCCAGGCAGGCUUAUUCUGUUUGAACCUCUGUAUGAAAUUGUACGAGAGCGACCCUGGUCAUAAACCAGAAAUUAUAACACAUUUUUAAAAUACAGAGUCACACCCACUGUAUAAGAAAGAAGAAUCCAAGAAGAGGCGAAAGAGAGAGAGAGAGAAGAGGGGGAGAGAAGGGAGAGCUCAGCUCAGUAACCUGCAGUGUCGACGCUCCUUUCCAGGGCGGCGUUCACAGAUAAAUAUUGGUGUUUUUUAUUUAUCAUUGACAGCAUAAUAGGUGUGUAGCUAGUCUAGUAGUGGGGGCCGUUGUAGUUUUUUUUUUAUUUUUUUUUACGAGCUGCCUCGUUGUUCUAGGCGUUUUAUUUAUUAAUGUUCGACCUGUCUGGUGUUUUUUUCGGGGGAGAGAGAUGGGCUCGCCGGCUGUGGACUCGUCUCAGUGGCUGUCGGUGAAGGAGGAGACGAUUUUCCUUCAUGACGGGCUGAUUCGUGUCACCGACCUGGCCGAGCUUCCCAGCGAGAUCGGGGUCUCGGAACCGGGGGACACUGAACAGGAGAUUUUGACAUUCGAGACCAAGAACCCCACAGAACUCGCCGAGCGGCUGCGCACGGUGUGUGGUAACCAGAGCAACGCCUACGCGCGGCUUCUGGAGUACCGCCUGAAUGCGCUGCGCGGGCUGUGGAAUGCGCAGAGACAGCUGGCCCUGGAGGAGCAACAGGAGCGGGACAGCUCGGGGGACGAGGAGACGAUGGCCCUGCUCAAACGGCAGGGCCUCCUGCAGCAGCCUGAGCAGGCCCCCUUCACCUCCCGCAUGGGGCUGCUGCUCAUCUUCCCACUCAUCCAGUCCCAGUCGCGCACCGACCCAGCCCUCUGCAACAUCACUGCCGAGGUGCUGCUCGCCUGCCUCCGCGACUGCCAGCCCCUGAGCCUCACCAAAGAGCCCGCGGACUGCCUCAACGGCCUGGAGUCCCUGCUCUGCUCCUGGCUUGAAGACCACACCAGCUCCGGGGAGCACAUCCCGCAGAAGCAAAAAGAGAAUGCAGCGGCGGCACUCGUUGCCCUGGCCUGCGCAAGGGGGUCGUUAAAAACCCUAAUUCACACAGUACACCUGCUUCAGAAACAGACUGAUUUGGGGUAUUUGCCUGUUGCCGAUGUACUCUACAAGUUAUUGGUGUUGGAAGGUGGACCCGGGUCCCCGUCCUGCUUGCUGGGGGGCAAACACAUGGUGUCCUGGGGCUUUGAGGACAUGCUGCCAGUACCUGACAACAGCAGCGGUGCCGGCAGUGACAGCAAAGACACAGAUUUAGGGCGUUCUCUUGGUACAGAUGGAUGUUAUCUCUAUACCACAAACUCAUUUGGAAAGGGAAUCAGCAAGCUUGGCUCAGGACUGCAUGGGACCUUACGUGGUUUUGUGUACUGCCGUAAUGAAGAGCUGGAAGCUGGUUGGGUUUCCUUUAGCAACUGCAGACUCCUUCACAGGCCUGUCUCCUUUGAUAACAAACCUCAUUACCUUUUCCAGGUCAUCGACCAGUUCACCCUCCAGGUGUGCCAGAUUGUCCCCAUGCCAGUGAACCACUUUCCUGUUGGCAGCAGCAUGACCACAGUCCAUCUCUGCUCUGAUGGCUCCUACGUCUACUGGAUCUGGUCUCCGGCAAGCCUGAAUGAAAAAACACCAAAAGGACACUCUGUGUUUAUGGAUGUCUUUCAAAUAACAACGCAGAAUGGUGUCUGUGCGGCAGUCCCGCUCCAUGAGCGCAUCAUUCUGAUGAGAAAAGAGGGGGAGUCGUCCAAGUGUCUGAACGAGCUGCUUCUGAGCCGCAUGUCCCGUUUCAGAGCCUCCCACUCCGCCACACUGGCUGCGCUCACAGGGUCCGCAAUCACCAACACACUCAAGGAGGACCAGUCAGUCAACACAAGCUGUGGAAUACCCCUGAAGACUCUGCGCAGGACCCCGAUGUACACCUGCGGAACGUACCUGGUCAUGCUGGUGUCACCUCCAGGGGUAUCGGGGAGCUCCGCCACACGCUCACUGUUUGGGGGUGCCAGUGGCUUGUCAUCUCUGAAAAUCCUGGCCUCUAGCCUGGUGUUUAACAUUUCUGAUGGACAGUUCAUGAGCCGCGCUGACCUUAUGGAUGCCACUGGGAGUUCUCUGGGCCGGGGUGCUGUGGUUCCCGGACUUGGUGCCUGCUAUGAUUCCAUGAACAACCUGAUCUGGACGUGUUCGAAUGACUAUAUGGAUCAAUGGUGUAACCCAGGAAACCAGGCUUUCCACCAUAUCUGCAGGCGACUGGGCGUCAGCCACAUCAUCACAGAACCACAAGCAAGCAUCCACACUAGAGUUGCCUCUCCUAGCCUGAGAUACCUCAUGGCAGUCCAGAACCACCUUCUGAGCAACACGGUUCUGAUCAAACCCGACGAGCAUGAUGACAGUGACAGCUCCCUGCAGGGGGAAACAUUGAAGGUACAGGAGCUGCAGACUAGCAUCUUAUCGCUUGCUACCAAAAUCCUGGUGGGAUGUGAUGAGGUGUUGGAAACACUCCAGCAGGUCACCAUUGCUAUUAUAAACAGUGACAUAUCGGACAGGGAGAACAGGUUAAAAGGCUUGGAACAGGUGACCAAGGCCACCAUACUGGGUCACCUCCUGCCUGUUCUGCUGACAUCACUGAUGCAUCCAAACCUGCAGACCCUCAUCAUGGCAGAUGCACUCAUGCCACAGCUUGUACAGCUAGUGCUCUACACCAGCCAGACUGCCCUACUGCUGAAGACUCAGUCUCCUGUCUUCUCUGACACUGCUGACCUGCCCUGGGGAUGUGCUGAGAAGGGCAUCCUGCUUUCCUCGACUGAGAGUUUCCAAAGCCUGGAGGAAAGGGAGGAGCCUGGCUUCCUCACAGGCCUGAAGAUCCCUGCACCCUGGGCUGCUGGGAAGACAGUGGAGACAGUCCACCCAGUCAGGGACAACUAUAAAUUCAAAGAUACAGUGCACAUCCCUGGAGCUCGCUGCCUCUACCUGAGGUUCGACCCCCGCUGUUCAUCACAGUACGACUACGAUAAGCUUGUGAUUUACGCAGGUCCAAACACGAACAGCAGGAAGGUUAUAGAGUAUGGUGGGAACACCAUGGGUUACGGCAGUCGCAGUGUUCUGGGAACGGGAUGGCCAAAAGACUUAAUCAAGGUGGAAGGGGACACGGUCACAUUUUCAUUUGAGAUGAGAAGCGGCAGAGAACACAACACUCCAGAUAAAGCAAUGUGGGGGUUUUCUGCUACUGUCAGAGCUCAGGAAUCCUCUGAAGAUGUGUGUGGGGGUCUCCCCUUCCUGGCUGACCUUGCUCUGGGUCUCUCAGUGCUUGCCUGCUCCAUGUUGCGGAUCCUCUACAAGGGACCUGAGAUCACCCGCGAGGAAGAGGCCUGCCAGGACCUGCUCCGCUCCAAACUGCUGCAGAGGUGCCAGUGGCAGGUGGAAUCGAAUGGCGCCAUUUCCCCAGCUCUCACCCCCAGCCCCUCCCCCCUGCCGUUGACCAUUGAUGAGGACCGUGAGUUCACCUACCCCUCCGAUGUGCUGAUCCCCCCGCCAGGGCCAAUCACAGGGAGCUACUUUGACCUGCCCCGCAUCCGCCUGCCCCCUGGCAUCAUGGGCAGGCUCCGGGAGAUCUCUGGACGCGCACGCCCACAGUUCAGACCCAGCAUCAAGGAGGUGAUUCAGCCCGAUGUGAUGGAGGAGGUGAUCGUCUCUUGUGUCAUUAAACACCUGACCCUGAUUGACGCCCUGCAGUCGCUCGUCAACUUUCAGUACCGUGAGGAGCACGGCGAGGAGUAUGACCUGCUCUGCAAAAUCAUGGCUGAGACCUUCAAAAAGAUCAACGCCAUGGAGCGACAGCUGCAGUGUGUGGCUGAAUUAGAGCAGAAGUGGCAGAAUGAGGUGGAAGAGGCCCAGCAGGGCAAGCUGGAGAACAAUUCACCCUUCUUCCACGACUAUCAUUUUUAUGAGAACAAGAUGAAGGAGCUGGAGCUGCUCUGCUCGCUGAAAGAGGUUGUGUUCGACGGCAGUGAUUUGGAAAAUGUUGUUCUAACGCUGAGAGAGAAGUUCACUCAGGAAGUGAACUCGCUGAUACAGAAGGCUGCAAUUCCUCUGGCGAAAACAAAAGCUUUAGUGAAGAGCCUGAUGAAUCGAGCUGAGCUGCUGCUGCAUGUGACAAUCGCUGCACAGUCCAGGAGUUUAUCAGGGACCCCUGCAGACACACCAGCCUGCAAGUCAGUCUCUGAGACCAAGGCCAUGUCUCACACUGUCAAGCAACCCAUCUUCCUGCGCAGCAUGUCUGCGCCCUCUGACUUGGAAAUGAUUGCCAGUGAGGAUCUGGAGUUUAACAGAGGCAAUCAAAGGAGGCGCCAUCACGCCACCAGUCACCGCAGCAGUUCCUUCACUCUGCUGCAGUCUCUGGCUAUUGAGGACAGCAGGGACAAGCCCACCUACAGUGUGCUGCUGGGGCAGCUCUUUGCUUUCAUUGGGACCAACCCCGACCAGGCGGUGUCUGGCAGCAGUUUCCUAUGUGCAGCCCAGACGCGGUGGCAGCGAGGGAACACACGGAAGCAGGCUCUGGUUCACAUGCGGGAGCUGCUGACCGCUGCAGUGCGUGUGGGAGGGGUCACUCACCUGGUGGGUCCGGUCACCAUGGUGCUGCAGGGUGGGCCCAGGAUAGAGGAUUUGACCUGCGGUGGCAUGGUAGAGCAGGUCCAAGAGGCCUUUGGAGAGACCAUGACGUCUGUGGUCUCGCUGUGUGCUCGCUACCCGAUCGCCUGUGCCAACAGUAUCGGCCUGCUCUGCACUAUACCUUACACAAGGAGUGAGGAGAAAUGCCUGGUGCGCAGUGGUCUGGUACAGCUCAUGGACCGCCUGUGUAGCCUGAGUGGCCAACGAGACUGCAGCUCCAACGAGAAGCAGACAAAGAAGCAGAAAGUAGCCACCAUGGCCUGGGCUGCCUUCCAGGUCCUGGCAAACCGCUGUGUGGAGUGGGAGAAAGUGGAAGGUCUCACAAGAAAGAAGGCAAGCAGUAGAACAUUAGGUCGAGGAGGGUUAACAGGUGCAGUGCAUUCUGGCCUGGCUCGUCAGGUGUCCAGCCUAUUGACCAAUCACCUGGCUCGUGCCACAGAGUGCUGUGGGAACCAAGCGGCUGGGAAUGAUGCCUUGCAGGACGUUCUGAGCCUCUUGAACGACUUGUCAAGGAGUCACAUUGGGAAGGCUAUUCUAAGCCAGCCUGCCUGUGUUUCCAAGCUGCUGUCCCUGCUCCUGGACCAGCGGCCCUCCCCCAAGCUGGUGCUGAUCAUCCUGCAGCUGUGCCGGGCUGCGCUACCCCUGAUGAGCGUGGAGGACUGUGGGAACGUGGAGCUGCCACCUUGGAGCUACUCCAUUCAGACUCUGGACACUGACCAGGAUGACCCCGGUGACCCAGCCUCCAAAAUCGCAUCCUUGCUGCUGGCCAAACUGGCAGACUACGUUGUACCAGGUUGCCAGACUGUGCUGUCGCCCAGCUGCUCAGAGCCAGAAACCAGCCUCUCUCGAAUGAGCCCCAAGAACUCCCUGAAGAUGGACAAAGACGCAGAGGAGGAGGGCGAGGCCGUGGAUGGCAAACUCUCCAUUUUCAUCCACAAACGAGAAGACCAGUCGUCCCACGAGGUGCUGCAGCCACUGCUGAGUAGCUCAGAGGGACGUCCAUUCCGACUGGGUACUGGGGCAAACAUGGAGAAGGUGGUGAAGAUGGAUCGAGACAUGACCAAGAGUGGAUGCUGUGAGGUGAUCACAGAAGAAGCAGUGGCUGCCCUCCGCAAAGCCACCAAGUGGGCGCAGUCUGGGUUGAUUGUGAGUGUGGGGCCUCCUGUCGAGAUCGUCAGCCAGGAAGCAGCCAGUGGAUUAUCAACUGAGGAGAAGAAGAAAACCACACAGACCGCCGUCUGCAGGGAGAGGAACACCGAACUCGCCAGGUCGGAUCCAGUCAGGCCUUUUAUCAGUGGCCACGUGGCUAACAGCAUGGCAGCAGAGGUGAUUGCCUUGCUGCAUGGCCUCUUGACGGCACCUGAAACCAACACAGCUCAGAUUUGGACAAGCACUGCAGAAAAAGUACUGUCCCGAGCCCUAAUGUUCAUCCCUCAGCUGGGGAAGUAUGCAGAGAGUAUCCUGGAGAACGGCAGCAGCAGUGGUAGGAAGCUGGCCAAGCUGCAGGCCAUCGCUCGCCAGGCAGUGGCAGCUCUCUGUGCACUCGGGGGCUUCAAGGAGACCAUCAAGAUCGGCUCUGAGGUCCAGGUUGUGGGGAAAGGAAUCCUGGGCAGUGCUGGUGUGGUGAUGUCUAUAAAUGAACAAGAAGGCAUAGCCAUUGUUAAGUUUCCAUCUUCGGAUUACAGGAAGACCUGCAAAGCUUCUGAUCUUCUGACGGUUCCCAUAUCCCGUCUCAUUACUCCCAGAUCAGACGCUCUGCCGCUGUAUAAACUGUCGAUCACAGAGAAGGUGGUGCAGGCGGUUCAGUCCAUGCUGCUUCCUCAUGAAGGGAGCCUCUCCAUCCACACCUCCCUGCCUGCCACUGGCGACGGCUCCAGCCCUGUCAUGGCCGUGGUGCGGCUCCUGGCUGAGAUCAGAAGCAGAGCCUGUUUGGUGAUGGCCCAGCUCCUGGAGGACAGCUCAUUCUGUGAAGAGUUCAUUCAGCAGUGCCCUGCUGCUGUAGAGGUGCUCAACCUAGUGGCACAAGAGUGUAGCCCUGGGGAGCGGCUAGUGGUGGUGGAAGCUCAGUGCGAGAGACUCCGGAUGCUGUACCGGGACUGUGCCCGUCCUCCUCCCCCACCCCUACAGACGGACAGGAGACAGCCCAAAGAGAUCACCUGGUGUCCGUCUCGAGUGUUCCCUCAAGUGCGCGCCUGCAUGUUUUCCUCGCGGUUAACAUCCGUCACCUUCCUGGCCGACCCCAGUGCUGGAGGAGGCCUGCCUCGAGGGACCUUCAUCUACGCUACCUCCCCCAUACCUGUGCAGGCCCCUUCCUUCUACUGGGAGGUCGAGGUUGUUUCCUAUGGAGACUCGGAUGAUGACAGCGGACCAAUCGUUUCCUUUGGAUUUGCUACAGAAGCUGAGAAGAGAGAUGGUGCUUGGACCAAUCCAGUGGGGACUUGCCUGUUUCACAAUAAUGGAAGAGCUGUGCACUACAAUGGCUCCAGUUUGUUGCAGUGGAAGAGUGUACGCCUGGACGUGGCUCUGGUUCCUGGUGAUGUCGCUGGUAUCGGCUGGGAGCGGUCUGAAGGCACUCCUCCCCCUCCUGGCCAGGCUGCUAAGGGCAGAGUUUACUUCACGUACUGCGGGCAGCGGCUACCCCCCUUCCUGGAGGACGUGUCCGGGGGGAUGUGGCCCCUGGUCCACAUUCAGAAGAAGAAUACCAAAAUCCGGGCGAACUUUGGGUGCCGGCCGUUUGCCUAUGUGGAGGGGCAGGCCCACAGGAACGCUGCUGACCUGUGUAUUGACCUGGCCGAGGAGAUCAGUGCCAACUUCGAAGCUCUGCCCUUCGCCAUGGCCUCUGACAGCGAUGAUGCCGGUGCCAGCGUGGCCUCUGAUCCGGGAUCCCAUGGUCCGCCCUGCAAGAUAGCAGCCGUGGCCACAACAAUACAGCAGUAUGACAGCAAUUCAUCCUGCUAUUACAAGGUUGAGCUGAGCUAUGAGAACUUAAUCACAUCAGGUCCCGAAUCUCAUCACCCGCCCAUCGUCGAUGAUGAAAGUGAUGAUGACGAGGAUGAUGACAUCCCGAGGGAGGACCACUAUGCUCUGCUGGUGAAGGCGUGGGAGACCAAGGUCUUCCCUACAAUCCGCAGGAGGUUCCGAAACGAAGCGGAGAGGAAGUCUGGACUGGACCAGAUCAAGGGAGCGCUGCAGCUGGGCAUGGUUGAUAUUGCCCGGCAGACAGUGGAAUUCCUGUAUGAAGAAAACGGCGGUAUUCCCAGAGACCUCUACCUUCCAACCAUUGAGGAUAUUAAAGAGGAGGCAAAUAAAUUCACAAUCGAUAAAGUUCGCAAAGGGCUGACUGUGGUAAUCAGGUCUCCAGAAAGUAACAACACAAACAGCACUACAGGCGGGACUGCAUUGCCUAAGUUUGCAAUCAGAGGGAUGCUGAAAACUUUCGCCUUGCAUGGGGUAGUUCUGGAUGUCGACUCGAUGAAUGAGCUGGUCCAGGUGGAGACAUACCUGCGCAGUGAGGGGGUCCUGGUCCGGUACUGGUAUCCCAUCGACAUGCUGGAGAGACCGCCGGCUGGGUCCAGACGCACUGCAGCUAAUGGACUCGUCACCAUGGACAGCACCAACAUCCAAAUCCACAGGGAGCUGCUGCGUGGUGAAGCCGCCCUGGCUAGGCUCUACUGCCGCAUGGCUCUGCUCAAUAUCUUCGCUCCGAAAUCCCCGCACACUUUCACUCGGCUCUUCCACAUCCCUGCCAUUCGUGACAUCACACUGGAGCACCUGCAGCUCCUGUCCAAUCAGCUGCUGGCUCCGCCUCUUCCAGAUGGUACUAUCAGCUCCAACUCCAUCCUAUUAGCCCAGUCUUUCCAGCACUGCAUCCAGGGCCAGAGCUGCUCCCCUACCGACCUCUUCUAUCAGGGCAAUGCACAGCCAAUCAGAGAGUGGCUUACCGUGGCCAUAACCCGGGCCCUGCACCAAGGAGAGGAGAGCUUGUUAGACCUAACCAAACAGAUCUGCUCUUUCCUACAGAAUGCUCCCGAGCAGUUUCCUUCUGAAGAGUUUCCCAUCACAGAGUCGAAGGUCAACAUGGAUGUCAACUUCCCCGGAGCUGCGUUUGUGGUGAUCUCGUGCAAGGAGAGCCAGACGGGAUUCCGCAAAGACUCUUCUCUGUACAAGGCACCUUGGGCUCGGGUGAUGGUUUACGGCCUGGGGCAUAAAGUGCAGAGGAAUGGGCAGCUGAACCUCUUGGAAACAGUCUGCUACCCAUUAGAUGCCUCGCCCACAAAUACAGGCCUCACCCCACCACCCACAACCAAUCAGUAUCCCAGCAUCAUCAUUCCCACCGACAAGGUGCACGUCAAACUAGGGGUGUCUCCCCCUCCUGGUGCUGUGCUGCUGCUGCACUCCCUGCCUCUGGAGUUCCCCCUGGCCAUGGCUUUUGCGGAGCAGCUGCUGUCCUGGAAACUGGGCGACGGGGACGAGUGCUCAGAAGACGAGCUCGACACCAUCCCCGCCUCUGUGCUGCUGCAGGUCGUCGAGCUCCUCGGUGGGCUCUUGUGGACAACAGACCUGGCCGCCUGCAUCAAAGAACUGGUCUUCCACCUGCUGUCUGAGCUCUUCCGCAAGAUCUACCACCUGGAGCAGCGCAAGAACCCCUCAGGUCUGUCCAGCUCCAUCGCUCUGCUGCUCAACCCCUGCCUGGCCAUGGUAAUGGCACUGCAGACCGAGCUCCGCAAGCUGUACGAUGAGGAGAUCCAAGGCUGGGUGACCGCUAGGGGGGACACAGCCACUGCAGGGGGGCUGGCUCCGGGCUCCGAGCAGGGCCGCUUCUCCACCUACUUCCAUGCCCUGAUGGAGGUCUGCCUGGCCGUGGCUGAGGUGACGCUGCCUCUCAACAUGAGCAGUGCUGCAAUGAGCGCCAUCUCCAGCAGCGCCCCUACCCUAAGCGACUCUUCCUCCUCUUCCUCCUCCUCCCCAGGCCAGACCCCCCAGAGCCCCAGCCUGCUCUCCAAGCGCAAGAAGGUCAAGAUGAAACGGGAGAAGGCUGCAGCUGCUGUCACUUCGGGAAAGGGGCCCCCUUCCUCCUGUGCUUCCAGGCUCUCCGAGAGCGAUGCUGCCCUGCUCAAUAUGGGGGGAGGCAAGCCGGAAGACAUGCUGUGGUUCCACCGGGCCCUGACCCUGCUUAUGAUCCUCCGACACCUGGCUAACAAGGACCCACAAGGCCUGGGGGUGACCAGUGACGCAGUGACCGAUGCCAGCCAAGCUUUGGUGGGCCCCACUGCUCACAGCCGCUUACUGGUAAUAUCCGGCAUCCCCACCCACCUGGAGGAAAACGUGGUGCGCAGCGCCAUUUGCAGAGCUUGCAAUGCCCAUGGCGGGCUCUUCAAAGACGAGAUCUACAUCCCCCUUCAAGAGGAGGACCCCAAGAAACCCAGGUGCAGCGUGGUCACAUUGGAUUGUAAAGUAACAGAACCAGAGAGACCGGCAAGCGUCACAGACAGUUUGGACAGUUCUAGCAGUGUCACCCCAGCUAUGAGUGUGAGCGCUUCAGCCUCCACCAGUCAGACUUCCAUCUGCAGCUCCUCUCAGGGUUUCUCCCGCACUGCCAGUGAGAUCUCCAUGGAUCAGGAGCUUCUAGCAGCCACCAUGGUUGUGGUUCCCUCGCAGCAGCAGGGAGCGCUGGACCCCCACACUGUCUCCAGCCAGGAGAGUCUGGACCUGUCUCUGUGCAGCACCGGGAGUUUGGGAAGCCUUGGCAGUAUAGGGGAGCCCCUAGACAGCACAGAUACUGCCUCAGUCUCAGACGGGGGCUCCAUGUACACAGUCACCUCUCUCGACAACAACAUACUGAUGGCUCGGCCCAUCAAGGGAUAUGCUGUCAUAGAGGUGCGUGCUCGAGCGAAGGUGGAGAAGAUCCGCGCCAGCUUGUUCAACAGCAGUGAUCUGAUUGGCCUGUCCAGCCUGGACGGGGAGGAGGAGCUGAUGGAGAUGACAACGGAGGAGAUCCUGACUGUCUCCAGCGUGAACCAGAGCCUGUUUGACACCCAGGGCAGCUCUGUACUCGAAGACUACUUCACAGACAAGUCCAUCAAAGGAGACAAGUUGGUGCCCAGUGCACGGGACAUCCUGACUGAGAUUUUUAGAAGCUGUGUACACUCUGAGCAGAUGCUGAGCUUGACCCCUGCAAAGCCUGUCAAGGUGUCAGAUAUUUACCUCAGCAAAGAGCAGAUCAACUCUCAGACCCCAGGGAAUCUGCUGCAUGUGUUCUUCACAAAAGUGCGCCCACCGAAGAAAGUUCUUGAGGACCAGCUCGCACAGAUCCUGAGGAAAUAUGGGGUCCCCAAACCAAACAAAAGCAGAUACAGCAAAGCCGGCAAAGAGCAGCACCAGGGGAAAGUGGUCAGCACAAAGAGACCCCUCACCAAGCCUCCCACUAAAGACAAGUCUGUGCUCAACAGCGUCAGGACCGCUCUAAGUGAGAAGAAGCCGAUAGUGAAGCCCAAGUCUCCAGAGAAGACCAAACCUGAGGAGAAGGAUCCUGAGAAAGCUCGGACAAAGAAACAGGAAGUUCCAGAGGAGAAGUACCUGACUCUGGAGGGGUUCCACCACUUCACAGUGGACCGAGCCAAGCAGGACAUCCGCAGUGUGUGGCGAGCCAUCUUGGGCUGUGGAUACGACCUGCACUUUGAAAGGUGUGCCUGUGUAGACACUCGGCAUGCCCACAAAGCCUGCCGGAAGUGGAGCCUGGAGAUGGACGUGGCGCUAGUGCAGUAUGUGAACCGGCUGUGCCGUCACCUGGCCAUCACCCCGACCCGCCUGCACCCUCACGAGGUGUACCUGGACCCAGCCGACACCGCCGAUCCCAGGGUCUCCUGCCUGCUGAACGUCCCUGUUGAGAGCCUGCGGCUGCGGUUUGCUCUGCUGCAGUCCCUCAACAACAUGCUGGAGACCUUCUUCCUGCCCCUGGUGGAGCUGCGUCAGACAGACACCUACCUGCACAGCAUUGCUGCUCUCCUCCGGGAGGCCAAGGGUUUGGUCUGUUAUGACACUAAAGUGGCAGUGAUGAAUCGAGUGCUGAAUGCUAUAGUGCAGAGAACAGCAGACCAUGCUGCCCCUGAGAUCACCCUGGACCCCCUGGAGAUUGUAGGAGGGGAGAUCCGUUCUGCUGAAAACACUUACUUCUGUCAGGCAGCCCGUCAGCUUGCCUGCGUCCCUUCAUCCCAGCUCUGUGUCAAACUGGCCAGUGGUGGGGACCCAACUUAUGCCUUCAACAUCCGCUUCACUGGAGAGGAGGUCCAUGGCACCAGUGGCUCAUUCAGGCACUUCCUGUGGCAGGUGUGCAAAGAGUUACAGAGCUCCACACUGUCUCUGCUCAUGCCCUGCCCCAGCUCCGCUGCCAAUAGGAACAAGGGGAAGUACAUCCUGACUCCCGGCCCGAUCACCUAUGCAGAGGAGCAGCUGCUUCACUUCUUGGGACAGCUCCUGGGGAUCGGGAUUCGCGCUGACCUCCCGCUGCCCCUCGACCUGCUCUCCUCCUUCUGGAAGGUGCUGGUGGGGGAGUCCCUGGACCCCGAGGCAGACCUCUACGAGGCUGACGUGCUCACCCACAACUACAUCAAGAGAGUGGAGAAUGUGAAUGAUGAGACAGAGCUGGAGGCUGUCUGUACAGAAAUCACCUCUCAACAUCACUCGAGUGAGAGCCCAGAGUCCCCGAACAAGCCUUGCUGCAAGUUCACCUACAUCACCAUGACCGGGGAUGAGGUGGAGCUGUGCCCUGGAGGCAGGAACAUCAUUGUCAGCUGGGAAAACAAGGACAUGUAUGCAUCUGCGAUCAGAAGUCUGCGGUUGCGCGAGCUGCAGAACGCGGAGUGCAUGACAGCGGUACGAGCCGGGCUGGGCUCCAUCAUCCCCCUGCAGCUGCUCACCACCCUCACUGCCCUGGAGGUGGAGCUGCGGACCUGCGGCCUGCCAUACAUCAACCUUGAGUUCCUCAAGGCACACACAAUGUACCAGGUAGGUCUGAUGGAGACAGAUCCGCACAUUGAGUUCUUCUGGACGGCUUUAGAAAUGUUCACUCAGGAGGAGCUCUGUAAGUUCAUCAAGUUCGCCUGUAACCAGGAGCGUAUUCCCUUCACCUGCCCGUGCAAGGAUGGAGGUCCUGACACUGCACACGUACCCCCCUACCCUAUGAAGAUCGCCCCUCCCGAUGGGGCUUCAGGUUCCCCUGAUUCUCGGUAUAUCCGAGUUGAAACCUGCAUGUUCAUGAUCAAACUUCCUCAGUAUUCCUCUUUGGAGAUCAUGCUAGAAAAGCUUCGGUAUGCAAUCCAUUACCGAGAGGACCCUUUGAGCGGCUGAGCGAGCCAGCUGGCCCAGCAACCUUUCACAUAGCCAGGAGAACAAGAAGAGGAUUCUCCUACAUGAAUUGCUUCCUAGAAGUAAACAGACCUGAACACGAAGAAAAGGAGAGUGAUAGACUUUGAUUAUUUCAAGAUCCUACAAAGCUAGACACGGGCUGGCAUUUGCUACAGCCAGUGUGCUCUGCAACUGCUGGGCUGUGUCAUUACCUGUGGAAGUGGUUUUGUGGAAAGGCAAAAAUAAGGGACCCCGUGCAUUGCACUUUGUUUUACCAGAGUAAGAAAAUGUUAGGGGUUGUUUUAUUUUUUGUUAAUUAUAUGUCUUAAUUUAAAAAUCAGACUGCAUCAAUAUGAAAAUAAUGUUAUAUCUAUAUAUGUCAAAUGGGAGAAACCUCUUUUACUGCAUAUCGCUGUUUUUUAAGGAAACUCAAGAGGCAGUUCUGCCUAUAGUUUUAAGUAGGGAAAAGCACUUUCUGAACGGUACAUUACUGAGACAAACAAGGUCUCUGCGUUAUCCAACAAUCUGAGCACUGCAGAACUGCUCAUUUCCGCCCCAGAUACUGAAAGGUUGCUUGUGUAAAUAGUUAAUCUACUUUUAAAUUUAUAAGUACAGGAAGUAAUGUAUUAGAUACUUAAGGGUAAUGGUCACCUUUGUAUUUUGUUUUAUUCUUCUAACAGCCGUAACCAAUGCUUAGAUCACAAUGCCAAAAGUGUACAUAAAGCAAAGGAAGAAGUAGCCGGCUGAUCUGCUCAAGGACCCCAGAAAUUACUCUGCUUCUCCUCAGCUGGCAUUGUGUGUACAAUGCAAAAUGGGAUGGCCUUUGUUUUCAAUUAGAAGAGAAAUAAAUGUGUCACUUGCGGACAUUUACUGAAGAAAAUUACUUCAGGCUUCUUGUAACCCACUGAAGCCAGACAUGGACUUUACUGCUGGUUAAGAUGCUCAGUAUGUCCAAGACCAACAGGUCCCCAGAAUGAGGGGAGAGAAAGUAUGGGGAAAAAAGGGUGCAUAUGUUUUUUUUUAACAGUAUAAAAAGGGUGAGUGGGUAUUAUAUUUUAAAACUAUUGUAAAAUAACAGUUUUGCUUGACCCCUCCAAAUGCAUUGUAAAAGACAUUUAUUCUGAAUUGGUCCAGUAAUUUGGUCUGAACUUCAGGGAGAGAAUAUUUGGUGCAUAUUUUACUUGCAGACUGCUAUUGCUGUGAGCUGUUUAGAGGGUGAAAAGCAAAAGUGAAUAUGAAGCUCUGCUGGGCUGUUUUAAUUUGAUUCUUUUUUUGAGUGAAUGACAUUUCAGUGUGGUAGCUUUAUGGUUCUAACAUGAUUGACACACACAAUACUAUAACCCCCCCAAUCACCCGUUGAUAGCUAAAAUUAAAAUCUAUAACUGAAUCUCCCUAUUGAUAUAUACCUAACCAAAACAAGUGAUCUAAAACAAAAAUAUACUUUGAAAAUGUAUAUACAAUAAAUUAGUUUAAAAUCUGGAAUGUAAAUUGUCUGAUGGUAUCACCACUGGAUUUUUUUUUUUAAUCUAGGUCGUUUUCACCUUAUCAAAAAAAAGUUAUAUCUUUUAUUGUAAGUACUGUACCUAUACACUGUACAGUAAAUUCUAAUCCCUAUAACAACCUGGUCUGUUUGUUACUAUUUAAUUGACAUGGGAUACAAAUUGGAUAGACAGUGUUACCAAUGGCAUUGUGUGUGCCAGUCUAGUUUAUUUUUUGAAACAGGUAGAUGAUGAUUGCUGUGACAAAGUUAACUGCUGCUAACAGAAUGCUCUCUCUCCCAGGGGGCAAUACGAGGAAUACAAGGACAUAUCCAAUGUGUGCUGUACAUUUACUUGAUAUUUAUUACAAUUAUUUAUGGUUGCAUUUAACCUAACCUUUACUCUACUGUUUACCCUUUAUGCAUCUAUACUUAACACAGCGGUGUUUGAAUGGAUUCUACAGAGAAAAAUUCAGAUUUGUGUCACAAAUAAUAAAUUCUCUUAAUGUAAAA